AUGGCGUCCGGACGAAAGGAUUUCCUGAGCCAGGCACCGCCUGAGAACUACGUCGCUGGUCUUGGUCGUGGUGCGACAGGCUUCACCACCCGAUCUGAUCUUGGCCCGGCGCGCGAAGGACCUACACCCGAACAAAUCCAAGCUGCCCUCACAAAGAGAGCUCAACAACUGGGAGCUGCUGCACCCACUGCCUACGGCAGUAACUCGCGCGAGAAAGGAGGAAAAGAAGAUGAGAAAGAGGAGGAAGAUGAACGCUUCCAGGACCCCGACAACGAGGUCGGACUCUUCGCCUACGGACAAUUCGACCAAGAAGACGAUGAGGCAGAUCGCAUCUAUCAAGAGGUCGACGAGAAGAUGGACAAACGCCGGAAGGCUCGCAGGGAAGCUCGUGAGAAGGCCGAACAGGAAGACUUCGAGCGCAAGAACCCAAAGAUCCAACAGCAAUUUGCGGAUUUGAAACGAACACUCGCCUCCGUAUCCGAGGAAGACUGGGCCAAUCUUCCGGAAGUCGGUGAUUUAACAGGAAAGAAUCGACGAGAGAAGCAGAACAGCCGACAACGAUUCUAUGCCGUCCCGGAUAGUGUCCUUGCCGGCGCAAGAGACUCUGCCCAAUACGGAACGACAGUCGCCGAGGAUGGCACACAAACCACUGCCGAAGGGGAAGGGGCUGAGGGCGCAAUGACGAACUUUGCAGACAUCGGUGCUGCGCGUGAUAAGGUACUCCAAGUCAGGCUGGACCAGGCUGCCUCGUCUGGAGAUGCAACAUCCGGAAGCGCCACAAGCAUUGAUGCCACCGGCUAUCUUACCAGCUUGAACAGCUCGGAAACGAAAUCCGGGGAGGUCGAGAUGGGCGAUGUCAAGCGUGUCCGAACCUUGUUGGAAUCUGUUACUAAGACCAACCCUAAGCAUGCCCCCGGUUGGAUCGCUCUUGCUCGUCUUGAGGAGCUUGCCGGUCGAAUUGUUACCGCCAGGACUCUCAUGGCCAAAGCAUGUGAGCUCUGUCCAAAGAGUGAAGACGGAUGGAUGGAAAACAUUCGCCUUAACGAAGGCCAUAACGCAAAGGUCAUUGCAGCAAACGCCAUCAAGAACAACGAUCGAUCUACGAGACUUUGGACCGAAGCCAUGAAACUAGAAACGGAUACUCGCGCCAAGAAGAACGUCCUCCGACAGGCUAUCCUCCACAUCCCCCAGUCGGUGCAGAUCUGGAAAGAAGCUGUCAAUUUGGAAGAAAACGCAGCCGAUGCGCGGCUGCUACUGGCAAAGGCAGUUGAAAUCAUUCCUCAGUCUGUAGAGUUAUGGCUUGCCCUGGCGCGUCUUGAAACUCCCGAAAAUGCCCAGAAGGUCCUGAACGGUGCCCGUAAAGCUGUUCCUACCAGCUUUGAAGUUUGGAUCGCGGCUGCUCGACUACAGGAGCAAAUGGGAACCUUCGAGAAAGUCAACGUCAUGAAGCGUGCUGUUCAGUCAUUAGCUCGUGAGAAUGCCAUGCUGAAACGAGAGGAAUGGAUUGCGGAAGCCGAAAAAUGUGAAAAAGAAGGCGCCGUCCUUACUUGUGGUGGUAUUAUCCAAGAGACUCUCGGAUGGGGCCUGGACGAAGACGACGAUCGGAAGGACACCUGGAUGGAGGACGCGAAAGCUAGUAUCGCCCGUGGCAAAUAUGAAACUGCGCGGGCAAUCUAUGCGUACGCUCUUCGUGUCUUCGUCAACCGCCGAUCAAUCUGGAUCGCAGCAGCCGACCUGGAACGCAACCACGGUACCAAAGCAGCACUGUGGCAAGUUCUCGAGAAGGCUGUCGAGGCUUGUCCUCAAAGCGAGGAGCUUUGGCUCCAACUUGCCAAAGAGAAAUGGCAGUCUGGAGAGAUCGACGAUGCCCGUCGAGUCCUUGGCCGUGCCUUCCACCAAAACCCCAACAAUGAAGAUAUCUGGCUUGCGGCCGUCAAGCUCGAGGCUGACGCGAAUCAAACCGAUCAAGCUCGAGAACUCCUGGCUACCGCUCGCCGCGAGGCCGGUACUGAUCGCGUGUGGACCAAGAGCGUUGCCUUUGAGCGGCAACUUGGCAACACUGACGAUGCCCUUGACCUGGUCAACCAGGGCUUGAAGCUCUUCCCCAAGGCUGACAAGCUCUGGAUGAUGAAGGGACAGCUAUAUGAAGCACAGGACAAAUUCCCACAAGCGCGCGAAGCGUACGGAACCGGCACUCGAACCUGUUCCAAGUCUGUCGUAUUGUGGCUGCUCGCUUCGCGGCUGGAAGAAAAGCUCGGUGCAGUCGUUCGAGCUCGUUCUAUUCUUGACCGAGCUCGUCUGGCCGUUCCCAAGAACGCCGAACUUUGGACCGAAAGUGUACGUGUCGAGCGUCGCGCCAAGAACAUCACCCAGGCUAAGUCUAUGAUGGCGCGCGCUAUUCAAGAAGUCCCUUCGUCAGGCCUGCUGUGGAGUGAGAACAUCUGGUACCUUGAGGCUCGUUCUCAGCGCAAGGCUCGCAGUUUGGAGGCUAUGAAGAAGUGCGAAAACGACCCAGUGCUUUUCGUCGCUAUAGCGCGCAUCUUCUGGGGAGAACGUCGGUUGGACAAGGCUAUGACAUGGUUUGAGAAGGCUAUUGUUUCGAAUAGCGACUAUGGAGAUGGUUGGGGGUGGUACUACAAGUUCCUUCAGGAACAUGGCACUGAGGUUCGUGAUUCAGGCUAUCCAUCAUUUCGAGAGCACCCAGCUUACAUUCUUACCCAGGAAAAACGAUCCGACGUUGUGACGAAAUGCAUUACGGUGGAACCUAAACACGGCGAGGUCUGGCAGUCCAUUGCAAAGGACCCGGUUAACGCACACAAGACCACGGAGGAAAUUCUCGAUCUGGUUACAAAUACCCUCAACUAG